AAUUGUUGAGAUCGUUUGUGUAUAAUAUAGAGUUAUUGAAAUAGUAGGUAUGUUAUUGUAUUAUCUUACGCGAUGGCAUUGUUCUCUUACCAUUAGUGAACCUUAUCUCAGGCUCAACUGUGCACCUUUUUCAUUACUAUAGUGACGACGAAGUACGAAUCUUACUAUCUUACAGUUUCUCAAGGCAUUCGUUUGAAAGCUUUUGUCAAUUAAAUACGUUUAAAUCUAACUUAGAAAAUAAUAAAUCAUUUCAACUAUAAUAAACUAACAAUAAGUGUAUAACAUACAUGCGAAAUAUAGUAUAUUAAUAUUUAAACGUUAAUUUAUCGAAAGUUUAACGUGUUAGCAACCAUUUGGAAUCGUUUAGAGUUUCUUUUAAUCGAAAAUAAAAAAACAAAAAAGGUAAAAAUUGUGUUAAAGUAAUCACGUUUAAGUAAAUAUGUGUUAAAAUAUUGUAAAUUUGUAUAAAUCGUUUUUGAAAACUAAUCAGUUUAAAUUUGUUCGAUAAUAACAUCAAAAUAAAUCUUGCUAAGUGUUUAAAUGUCAUGCAAUAGGACAAUACAAUUGACAUACUGUCAAUAAGACGAGAACAAACCUCACAUCGAAUGUUUCUAUUUGUACUUUUUUUCCCUUUGUUUUUCAUAUUUUUUUUUGAACAAACAUUGUCUUAAUUUAAACAUGUUAAUUAAAAAAAGAAAAAAACAAUUCGUUUGUUCUUACAGCAAUAUGAUUUUGUCGAAUUCGGAAAAUAACGAGGAUGAUUCGUUUAUUCGCGUAAGUGUUUAUCCUCGAUGAUAAAUCAAUCCUAAUGCAAAUAUCAUUUUUAUAAAAGCAAAAUUGAUCGUUACUUCAUUUUUCAGCGUUUAAUAAAUCGUGCCACUGUUAAAAAUAAAGAACCGCACGAAUUGGCAACGAUGCAAUUGAGACAAAAAAUGAACAUUUUACGGGCGAUAAAUGUCUACCGAUUUGAAGGUACGUCACCCUUUCUUGCUAACCCUCCUUCCCUCCUCGUACCCCCUUGCACAUUUACGAAUGCAUUUUUAUUCGAUUUAGUCACUACUUUAUAUGCAACGUUUAUAUAUGUUUAAACAGAUUUUGGAAGCACAUGUAACAAAUUGUCCGACAAAGCUUUGAACUGUUUAAAUAAAGAAAUCCUCUUCAAAACGGAAAUGUAUGAAAAUGAUAUAAUGAUACCCAGUAAACUCUUGGAAAACGAAACUUUCCUAAGCGGAUUGAAGAACGACAUAAUUACCAAAAAAUGUCGCAAUUGGAACCUUAAAAUAGAUAAGACGUUGAAUUACGAGGAUUUGUCAGAUAAAAUCAAAGCACCAGUUAUUUCUGAAGAGAAAUUAAACAUCGAUCAGAUUGCGGAAAAAUCGAAAAUAUCGGAAAUCAAAUGUAACGAUAAUAAAAUGGAUGAAAAAUGUUUAACGAGUAUCAAAACUGACGAAAGUACGAAAUCUAAAACACUCUAUACUUGUUUGAACGAAGAAAUUCGAGAUCUUAAAGAAGAACUUGAAUCGUUACAAUGUAAUUCUUAUCUAAUGGAUACCCCGAAAAAAAAAUCAUUUGAUUUUCGUAAGAAUUUCGUUGCCAGGAAUUCGAUCGAAUGUUCGAAAAAAAGAUUAUUGACGGAUUACAUCGUGCCAGGUGUGCACAAAGCUUUCGAAGAUAUUUCUUCGAAAGAAAUAGAUUCACGGGAAAUAGAAAAUAAUAUCAAUAACAAAUUGAACGAAGUUAUGCGAUACGAGCAAGCGAUUCCUCGUUCUAAUAAUAAUAAUAAUAAUAAUAUCGAUAACGAUAAUAAAAGUAUGAAAAAAAUAGAAAAACCUAAACGAAUAAUGAAGCCAAAUUUAGAAUCGACGAUUAAAUCAUGUUCUGGGGAUUCAACGAAAAAACACGCAUCGCCAUUUUCUAUACCGAGCUCGAUUUCAACGAUACUUCCUACCGCCUCGUCGAAAUCUGAAUUUGGUGAGAAAAGCGAGGACAAAUAUUCGUACGGUAGUUCGGAAAUUGUUGAAAGUAUUAUACCAUUGGAGGAGAUGCACAAAUUUCUCGACAAUGCAUUUAACAGCGAAUUACUCAACAGUUCUUACAUGUUAAAUUCAACUAAUUCCUACGAAGACAAUUUAAAUCACAAAAGGAUCGGCAAAUCAAAGACAACUCCUACUAAUGAGACUUUGAAUCAAAGAUUAUUGGCAAGCGAACCAACGCAAAGAAAAGUAAUUAGAGAAACGAAAAUGCUCAGAUCAUUUUCCCAAGAAAUUAAUAGAAAGGUAUUCGUUUACAAACGUAAUAUUUUUUCUUUUUCUCUUAAUAAGGAAUCACAUCCACGCUCGAACAUGGAAGGAAGACAAAUCAGUGAUCCAGUUAUAAAACACAAAGACAAAAUACAAGAACUUUUACAAAGAUUGGAAGUACAACAAACGUUGAUACAUCAAGCUAGCAAGGCUUUAAACUUUUGUAAUUUCAUGAAAAUGUUUCAAUAUAGUAUACAACACGUGGAAUCCGAGAGAUUGUUGUUAUUAUCGAUGCUUAAGAAAAAAGCUGUAUUGAAUGAAAUUAAACGUAUCGACGAAUUCCAGGAUAAUACUAUUUCCUUAUACGAGCACGGAAAAGUUACCAUCUCGCAGAUCAGUUUGAGCAUCAAUAAAGAUAAAAUUGAUUUGUCGGGUUUAACUCCUGAUAUGUGUGGAUGGUUUAUGGUUACGGUGACCCAUGAAUCGACGGUUUGGGCAACGAGUGCUAUGAAUUAUUCAUUCGAUAGUCCAAUUACUAUUCGUUUUCCCGAAUCAAUAACCGUACCAAAUCUGAGCCCUAAUUUUAUCAUCGUCGUAGACGUUUACAGUUUGCAAUUAAGAAACACAAAUUCCAAUGAAAAGGGAGAACAAUCGGGCAACAACAAUAUUACGUGUCCCUCACCUAAUCACUUGUGGAAAAAAUUGGAGAAAUCACGAUUGAAGCAAAAUGAAAUACCAUGUUCCAACAGUAUCAGAGAAACGUCUUUUCAACUUACUGGAUACGUACAAUUAACUCUUCAAGAUCUGGACAAAGUUCCACCUUGGUAUUUAUUAUCGGUACCUUCGAAUUCGAUUUUGCAAGGGAAAAUAAAUUUCAAAUUGUCUCGGAAAAUCAAAAUAUCGCUUAUCCAUUCCGGUUUCUUGACACACGGCGACGAAGCAGGUGGAUUGGCUGCUUGGAAUAGAAGAUGGUGCAUUCUCGAUGGUAGUUGCAUGAAAUUUUGGAAUUAUCCUCAAGAACACGACUUGAGAUCACCGUUGUUGAUCAUCGAUUUGACUCGUUGCACAACUAACGAGGUACAAGUCGUGGAUAGGACCAUUUGUGCUAGACCACGCACGCUUAUGUUUAAAACUAUAAGAGAAAGAGUAUCUCGCGAUGAAAAUAGCAUGUUUCUCGAGUGUCAAUGCAGUUACACUGUCGUAAGACACUUGCUAUCCUGCGAUACCAUCCACGAUAUGAUGGAAUGGAGUUCUAAAUUAAACUACGUCUUAUCCAUAUUGAGCAAUUGGAAAUCAAGAAGGAACGAUUUCAUUCCUACCACUGAAUUGUAAUUGAAUUAUUUCUAAACUCUGCCAAUGUAUAAUAU